UUUCAUUGUGUAUUUACAAUUUACUGCGUUUUGUUGUUAAACUGUUGAAGUCAUAUUACGUUGGCGUAUUUAGUAAUACAUACAUUUUUUAAUUAAAAACCGUAGUUGCAACCGUAAUAUGGUUAGCAGUUGUUGCAUAAAGACUUGCCCAACUAUUGCUGGUCAAGGGUUAAUACUACACAGGAUCCCUAAAGAUCUUGAACUUCGAUCAAAAUGGUUGAAGUUUAUUUAGUUAAUUGACCAAUUUUUUAAACUGAAGCCUUCACACGUAGUUUGCGAAAGUCACUUUUGUGAAAAUGAUUAUUCAAUACCAAUUACUAGCAUAAAUAAUCAAAAAAAACUAAAGCAGGAUGCAGUCCCUAGUAUUAUUAAUACAAUGUGUAUAAGUUCUCGGCGCUCAUUAAGUUUUGAAAGUACUAUCGAUAAAAUACAUAAUGAAUUGGAUGAAGAAGUGGUGCCAUUACCUUCAGAAAUAUUAGUUGAAGAAAGUAGUUUAGACACAUUGAGUAAAGAUGAAUUGGUUGAUGAAAAAUCACUAACCACGCCUCCUUCAAGAUUUACCCAUUUUUCUCAAAGGGAACGGAAAGUGUAUUUUGAAGACUUUAAAUCCCUUAGUGAUAUAGAAACUCCCAAAAGCCGCUUGAAGUAUUGGCAUGCUUCACAGUUUGUUAUUUUAAAGCUAAAAAAGAAAAUUAAAAGAUUUACCAGUUACAAUACAAAAUUCCAGAACAAAAUAAAAAAAUUAUCCAGCCUUAUUGAACACUUGAAUGAAGAUUAAAUAUGUUUUAAAGGUAAAAAACUAAAAAACAACAGUUGUUCAACUUCUUAUACUUUGUUAAACAGUAUUUCUUAG